AUGUACUUCAUCAUGUACAUGGACUUGGGACCAUCACAGACUUUGGAAUCAUCAGGAAUCUGGGACGGGCAGAGGACACUCCUCCCGGAACGCUCACAGAAGCAGAAAGGCUGCAAACUUCUCUCAGGUCCACAGCCCAGGCAGCAUAUGGAAUUUCAUAACCUGAGCUCUCCCUCUCCCCUUCCCCUCUCUCCCUCUAUGGCCACCACUGCACUGGGGUCACCAGCCCCCUGUCUUCCAACCUCUUCUGCAAAGGUGUCUGCGUUCCUGGUGCCAGUCCUGUGCCUGGAGUUCAUCCUGGGCCUGGUGGGGAACAGCGUGGCCUUCCUCGUCUUCUGCAUCUACUCGCGGCCCUGGUCGUCCAACGUGGUGUUCUUGGUCAGCCUGGUGGUGGCGGACUUUCUCCUGAUCGUCAACCUGCCCCUUCGCGUGGACUACUACCUCCACCGCGAGACCUGGCGCUUCGGCCCCGCCGCCUGCAAGGUCAACCUCUUCAUGCUGUCCACCAACCGCUCGGCCAGCGUGGUCUUCCUCUCGGCCAUCGCACUCAACCGCUACCUCAAGGUGGUGUGGCCCCACCACGCGCUGAGCCGGGCCUCGGGGCGGGCAGCGGCCCAGGUGGCCGGCGGCCUCUGGGGGGGCCUCCUGCUGCUCAACGGGCACCUGUUCGUGAUGACCCAUCCCAGGCAGUCCUGCCUCAGUUACCGGCUGGGCAGGCAGUCCUCGGCCGGGCUCCGCUGGCACCAUGCGCUGUACUUACUGGAAUUCUUCGCCACGCUGGCGCUCAUCCUCUUCGCCACCGUGAGCAUCGGGGUGACCGUCCGGCGCCGCGGCCUGGGCGCCCAGGCGGGCCCGCGGAGGGCCAUGCGCGUGCUGGCCAUGGUGGUGGCCGUCUUCACCGUCUGCUUCUUGCCCAGCGUGCUCUUCGGCGUGGCGUCCAUCGUGGCCUUCCGCCUGCACGCCUGCCGGGCCCUGGACGUCUGCUCGCAGCUCUUCCACGGCUCCCUGGCCUUCACCUACCUCAACAGCGUCCUGGACCCCGUGCUCUACUGCUUCUCCAGCCCCAGCUUCUUCCGCCAGUGCCGCGCCCUGCUGGGCCUCCUCCAGGGCUCGCAGGACUCGGCCAGCGAUGACAGCUCCUCCCAGCGCCCUGCCCGCCUGCAGGCCCCCCCCAGCAAGGCCGAGGCCCCAGGGAGGCUGCACACCUAG